AUGGAUGUAUCCUGUCAAAAUAUUCUUUCAUUUUCAUGCUCCUAUUUAUCCACGCCAUGUCAUUCCCAAUGUUCUCCACAUGUAAGCCCAAGUGCUCUACAUCAAUUAGCCAAAUCUUCAUUUUGCGUUUAUAUUUGUGCAUUGGAACAACCAUGGCACGUUAAUUUAAUCACAACCUCAAUUGUACCGAUAGUUCAGCUCGCCUGGAGUCUAGAUGGAAUACAUUUACUAGUCUGUAAUCAAACGGGCCUAUGUCAAAUAUUCAAAAUGAAGGACGGUUGUAUCAAUAGGAUGGAAUAUGUUUAUCAAUAUGAAACAAAUGAAGAUAUUCUGUGUGCUAAAUAUAUUUUCCCUCGCGAACCGAUAACAAUCGAUGUUGAUAGAAAUAAUUCAAGUUUUUAUAGUAAUGUUACAAUGGACUCAUCUGCCUUAGACUAUGCACUUAAUUCGGGCAAUUUCGUGUGUGUAACAACAUCCGGUACAAUUCACAUAUUACCACUACGUCAGUCCUUACAUUCGGGUCGAUGUAAUUUAUCUCAGAAUGAACCUCUUUCUGCAUCUAUUUGUCAUAUAUAUUCGACCGAUAAGGGCUUCAACGUGAUCCUCGGUGAACAUGUAUCCGGUGCACUCGUUCAUUUCUUUGCUGUUCAGUAUACUUCUCUAGAUCCACAUGUAUCGUGCACGGCUUGCCGACUUCGUGGUUUUCGUAUUGCGUCCUGUUAUGGUACACUCGAAUCGUUAGUUUAUUUUCAACGAUAUGGUAAUGAUUGUAUACUUACACAUAUGAAAUCCGCGAGUGGAGAUUUGAUCGAUGUGUAUGAAUAUGACUUUCAGCAAGAAGAAUGGUUAUCAACAACUUUAUUAAGUUUAUUAAGCACAUCUAUUACGUCUAUGUGUCUGCCGACAAAUCAGUUGAUUAGUGAAAAUUAUGAAUGGCAAGGAUUGUUCGGCAGACAAAUUCUAUUUGCUUUGGACGAUGGUUCAAUUGUGCAAAUUGAUAAAUUAAAUUUUAAAUGCAAAGAACGAUUGCUGCCGAUGACUGAUAAAAUAUUAGAUAUGAAUCAAUCAAAUUUCUUUGUUCAAAUUCAACACACUUAUUCUGGUUCUUGUUGUGUCGGUUUUACUAAGAAUGGUUUUCUUAUCUUUCUUCGUACAAUAAGUCUCAGUCAUAUGUCAUCGUCUUCUUCACUACUAAAUCUUCUUGUGCAUUUAUGCGAACAGUAUAUUAUUCAAACUCCAUGCCCUUGUGAUAUUUGGGAUAUUUUAUGUCUGAUUCCGAAAAAUUCAAGUAUUAACCACUUGAUUGAUCGUUUAGUGAGCAAUUAUGAAUCCCAAUCAUUAGAAUUCAAACGCACCUAUUUCGUUCGUUUUAAAGAAUGUCUUUAUCAUUUACACCGCCUUGCUUUUCCACUCUCAUCAGACAGUUGCGAGCAUUUGACAAGUUUAAUCGUUUAUCAUAUUCUAUCAAUUGUACGUAAUUAUCUACGCUUGUUCAUCUACGAAACAACAAAUCGAACUCUUGUUGAUGUCGCACAAGAGAUUCUCCAGCAACCUAUACUCACUCAAAAUAUUGACAUACAACGAAUAAAAUAUCUAGGUGACAAUGAAAAUGCCAAUCAAUAUCAACUAGUACCGUUUACAUUGUUAAUCAAUUGGAUGGCAGAUAUCAUUGUAUACUUUAUUGGCUUUCUUCAAACCCAACGCACUCCAUCAUGUCAAUCGUGUGAGAAUCUCUUCAAAGAUUCGAGUCAAAUACAAUGGUUAAGAGAACUAACCGUAUAUUUUUAUAUUCUACACAAAACUAAUCGAAUUCCAAACAGUAAAGUCGCUCAAGUACACUUUCUUACACAAAGACAACCGACGAAUUCGAAUACAUCGAAAGACAUCUGGAAAGAUAUUUAUCAUAGUUUGACGAAAUAUCAGCAAAUACUUCAAGGUUUACUAGUGACUGGAUCGAACGAGUCUUGUCUGAAUGAUUUCUCGAUAUUGGAUCUUGAAAUGAUCCAAUCGAAAAUUAAUAAUAUGUUUCCGAGACUAUAUCCUUUUCUAACUCCAAAUUCUUCAACUUUUCAAUUAUUUUCUCGCAUUCAACCCCCCACAUUUAUGACUCAUCUGAGCGAGAGUUCGAGCGUAUUUACUCCGGCUUCAGAUACUCAAUUUGAUAUCAUUACCCUCGGUAAAAUGUCCCUAACUUCCAAUCAGAUGUUUCGCCGAUGUAUUCGAUGCUCAAAUUUUUCGCGCUUAUUCACGACAACACCAUUACCACUCCUUGCUAGUCGGUUAAACAACCAUUGUGUAUGUGGAGGUCUCUUCGUACUUUAUGCUCAAUCGACAACGCCGAGUGCUCAAAAAUCGAAUUCAAAUAGUGAUAACUAA